UAACGUUCUUGCAUCAGCACAAUGAUUGAGUCGCUUGUUUUAGUAAAUAUUGCACUGAUUUUUCUUAUUAAAGUCUAUUGCAAAUUAACAACAGGAUUGUGUAGAAACAGUAAACAUUUAGUUGGCAAAGUGGCCAUAGUGACUGGUGGAAAUAAAGGUAUCGGAUUCGAGACGGCCAAAAACUUCGCCGAGAGAGGUGCUCGUGUUAUUCUGGCGUGUAGGAGUGAGGAGUUGGGUUCAGCUGCGAGGGACCAGAUUAUCGCGUCCACCGGUAACUCUGAUGUUCACUACCGACAUCUUGAUCUUUCUUCCCUGGCCUCCGUUAGAACCUUCGCUGAUGGUAUAAUCAAAAGCGAAAAUCGCCUGGAUAUACUUGUCAAUAACGCCGGUGUGUAUGAAGUGCCUUACGAAAAAACAAAAGAUGGUCUGCUGCUUGCUGCGCAAACUAAUCAUUUUGGACCAUUUCUCUUGACCUGCCUGCUGCUCCCACUAUUGAAAACAUCUGCGCCUAGCCGAAUUAUCAACGUAUCCUCGAUGGUUCAUCGUAAUGGAACAGUUGAUUUAGAUAACCUUAAUGCAGAAAAGGAAACGAAGGAAACAUAUAGUUAUAGAAAAGUGUACGCUAAUACCAAAUUGUAUAAUAUUUUAAUGACUGUAGAAUUAGCAGAACGAUUGAAAGGAACAGGAGUCACUGCCAAUAGUCUACACCCAGGAGUUGUGUCAACAGACAUUUUGUUGAAAUUAAAAUCUAACUGGAUUAGAAAACUGAUGCCUUAUAUUAGUAAACUCUUUAAAACACAAUGGGAAGGUGCUCAGACUUCAAUUUACCUUGCUGUUUCCCCUGAAGUUGAAGGCGUUAGCGGCAACAAGACGAUGUCCGCAGACGGAUUCAUCCGAUUGGUUUUCCUAAACUUGUGUGUGAGAUAAUAAUAAAAACUAGCUUUGGAAUAAAGCAAUUAAGAAGAAGCUAAGCUGCGAGAUUGCAUCGGACAAACUUCUUGUAUCUCCUACUGCAAACUAUCUUCAUUGCGCAGCAUUCGUGUACCUAUCUGCUAUCUAAAUCGUAU